CCGAUUUGGUAUCGUAUCUUUUGUAUCUUAUCAACUUCACACAGCUACUUGAUCACUAGUUUUAAGUCCAUACAACAUACAGAUCAUGGAUUGGUUCCUACAGGUACCUCAUCUUUGUCCUUGAUAUCUUAGGUAGCUAAAGGACUUCGAGACGAUCAAAGGGAGAAAGGAGCUGUUUUGGAGCACAAUGGAGUCGCCGCCGGAUAGUCCCGUCGCGCAGAGCGCCCAGACGUCGCCCGAGAGGGCUUACUUCCCCGGCGGGCCCAAGGCGCUCGCGGGCAUCGCGAUCCGGUCAUUCUGCCUCGGCAUGGUGCUCGCCUCGUCCGCGAUCGCCAUGAUUUCGAUCCUGUUUUUCACGUCCUCGCCGCUGUGGCGCGUGCCGUUCUUCAUCGGCGCGCUAGCCAUGUUCCACUUCCUCGAGUUCUGGACCACGGCCAAGUACAACACGCCGGUCGCGAAUAUCGGCUCGUUCCUGCUGACGGCGAACUGGCCGGCCUACGCGAUCGCGCACGCGGCGGCGACGCUCGAGUGCCUCUUCACCAAGUUGCUGUUCCCGAACCGGAACUGGGCGCCGCCCUACAGCCGGUAUAUCAUCUUGCUGCUGGGGUUCAUACUGGUGUUUGUGGGGCAGUUCGUCCGCAGCGCGGCGAUGGGCCAGGCUGGACAGUCUUUCAAUCACACCAUACAACACCGUAAGAAGGACUCUCACAUGCUAGUUACUACGGGUAUCUACUCGUUUCUGCGCCAUCCGGCGUACUUUGGGUUCUUCUACUGGAGUAUUGGGACGCAGAUGGUACUGGGGAACCCGAUCUGUUUCAUAGGCUACACAAUUGUCCUGUGGAAGUUCUUUUCUAGCAGGGUGAAGCACGAGGAGGCACUCUUGGUGCGGUUCUUUGGGGAGGAAUACGUAAAUUACAAGAACAGAGUUGGAACUAUGAUACCAUUUGUCGGGACCUGAAUAGUUUUAGCUGAUACAUACCUACCUGUAUCUAGACCUAGGUAGAUGGUUAAUAUUCUAAGCUACCUACAGUAGUAUCUUAUGUAUAACUCGUAAAUACAGCAAGCUUGAUUUAGUUGUA